CGCCAACUGCCUCCAAUCCGCGUCGGGCAGCGCUCGCUCAGACUCCCGCCAAACUAUAAACCGCGCGAACACGGCUAGCUCGAGCUCCCACUCAGCAGUUUGUUACCGGGGAAACAGCCCGUGUGUGAGCCAUACCGAGUGACCGGACCGCACGGCGCCUGUACCGAGCCGACAUACACAGAGUUUACUUUCAGCCGAGGUUACGUUAGUUUGACGGUCCGUGUCCUUGUUACUCCCGAGAUGUGGAUCCAGGUGCGGACUAUGGACGGGCGGGAGACCCACCGCAUCGACUCCCUCUCCAAACUGACCAAGCUGGAGGAGCUGCGGCAGAAGAUCCACGAGGUGUUCGGGGUGGACAUGGAGAAACAGCGGCUGUUUUACCGAGGGAAACAGGUGAUCACCGACCGUGUGCUGUGAUUAAAUCCCACGCCCAUUAAUCUCAUCCAGCAGCUCAACCUUACUGGGAUAUUAACCCAGGACUAUCUGAGUAGUAUGGAUAUAUAUAAUCUGUAAUCCCCCACACAGCAUUCAAUGAAUGCCAGGGGUAGGUUCGGCUCUUUAAAUAAACUACAUCUCGUCCAGCUCUGAAGUAGUUGUGGUUGUUAGCGGCCAGAUCCUCUAGGUUAGUUGUAAAAGCAGCAUUGCCCGGGCCCAUCCUGAUGACUCACACAAAGUAAUACUACUAGCCAGGAUUUCAGGAAUGCUGCCAGUAGAUUAGGUCGCCUGCUGUUUAAAACUACAACUGUUGUGUUUUAUACCCCCCAUCUCCCAUAGACUGUAAGCUCUUUUGAGCAGGGUCCUAUUCAACCUAUCGUUCCUGUAAGUUUUUUUUUGUAAAUGUCCUGUUUAUGAUUAAAUCCCCUUUUUCUUAUAAUAUUGUAAAGCGCUACCGACUCUGUUGGCAUUGUAUAAAUGGCAAUAAUGAUAAUUUGCCAUUUUUAUAGCGCCUUUCACCCUGUGAGACUUAAAGCACUUUACAAAUAUACAAACAUAAAGACAUAAAAGCUUGGAGUUUCUGAAGGUCAGAUGAGCGGACUCCUUAGGCUGGAAAGGCUUUGUAGUAUUUGUGGUUGUGAGCAGUCAGAUCCUCUAGGUUACAUAUAAAAUCAGCAUUGCAUGACCCCAUCUUAACUGAUAAAAAGGUAAUACUACUAGCCAGGGUUUGUUACCCAAAGUUCCAUGCAUGGAAGGUCCAUGGUACACUCACCAGAGGUGAAUUUCGAACUCUGCCAAUCAUGUACAGUUAGUUAGAACUCUACAUUAGGUUCUGCUCCAGCUGAGUUUGUCCUGAUAUAGCACAGAUUAUGUAAUGGUAAAUUCCCAGCUGUUUACAUGAGCUUUAAAUGUUAUACCUUUGCAGCUAAAUAACGGCCAUUUUGUCCCAAUCUGAUCAAGACCGAAUGCCGAUAGCAAGUUUCAGUGACUUGCUUCAGUCUUGUUUCUGGGUGUGGUUGAUUUUGCGCAUGCAAUGACUGGAAUUGUUUGGUAAAUUUAUAUAGUUCCUCCAAAGGCGAACAGAGGCUAACACUAAGCCCUUGCAUUCACCCUCAGCCCGCUUUAAAGGAAUAAUCUAACUUUAGUAAAUUUAAUAAUGCUGCUGAUGAAUGUGAAAUGCUAUCUUUUGUGUGACCCCCUAAAGAAGUAGACACCAAAACCACUUAAAUUGAUUGCGUUUGUUAUGGUGCCUGGAGUCCUAAAUAAGUGCAAAAUGGCUUACUCACAUUUUAGCAGAGAUGCUAUGCAGUGCCAGCACACACAAACUCCUUUAAUUUACCUCUAAUUCAGUGGCAAGAUAAUCACUUGCUGCAACUUGGUUGUGCCUUUGACUUUUCCAGUAAAUUAUGCUCCCUAACCUAUUCUGCUGGAAUGCAGGGUGUAUGUACUUUUUGGGGGGAGGUUGCGCACUGCUUGUGGUGCUGUGCAUCUGUUGGAAUCUUGCAUGUAUUUCUGACUAGAGUUGUAAAAAGGGCCUGUAGAACGUUAGGAAUACAAACCUAUUCUGAUAGUGUUAUUGUUAUGCUAAUAUAAAAGCAUUUUUACAUACCUUGCAACCGCUGGCAUGCUCGUUUUGGCAGGGACAGAACACCUCAGAUGUUUUGUCAGUAAAUCGCUAUGGGAUUAUUAGGUGUUCAUGGAGACGCUGAACAUACAUCCUGCAUUCUUUGCAGGCCCUUGUCCAGGAAGUUCCUCUAGUGACUGUCCAAAUGAGAUUCAUAAAAGUUAUGGUGUAGUGACCGUUUCUGCUGGCUUUUUUUUAAUUCUUUAGAGUUUUGAUACAUUUUGAGGAACAAAGAGAAAACGUUAACAUUUCUGCCUGACAAGGUCAAAAAAAUGUGCAGUCGUUUUUGGCAGGUGACAGUCGCGAUUGGUCUGUACAGUUUUGUUUAGGUUUUUGGUGCUUCCCUUUGUGCAAGAUCUGGGUAGGGCUCCCUUAAGGGCAUAGCAGUGACCGAGACCAAAGGCAGAUCAUGGUGCCUGCUGUGGGAGUUUAGGGAUGUCUAGUUUGUGUAUUGCCCGUGUAAGUAUCGGAGGUAGCUGGACCAGUCCCAAGUGUGAUUGAUCAGUCUUACUAUAUAGUAACUGGUACUAGAGUAUUUGUUGCCAUAUAAGACAUAACUGAUAGUAGUCGGUGGCAUUUAUUUAGCCAUGGCUCAGGCAGUGGGCAAUGAAUAUCAUGUCUUGGUGAGAUUCAGUUUAGCAGCUUUUCUUUUUAAAGUUGCAUUUUUUAAAAUUUAUAUUGUACUUUUGUUAAUCUCAUUAUCUUGGGACUGCCAUUUUGUUCUCAUCUGUCUCCAGUUUUCCCUUCUAGAAAACUUAUUUGUGAAUUACCCCAAAACCCUCUGUUUUGACUAAAUGUGAGAAUUAGCUUAGCAGCUGAAAUGGAGCUUUGCUUACAAAAACACUCCAUAGUACAAAAUGUACUUGUUAACGUUCUUCGAAAAAAGAAAACGAACAUUUGAAAUGUAUUUCAUAACCACUGAAAUAAUAAAUCUCUUCCUCUUAUCUGCUAUGACACUUCUAUUAAAAAAUUGAUAUCAGUUUUAAGCACUUAUGGGUCAAAGGCUGCUCUGUCUUUGCGUUUUGGCAGCGCAUUACAAUUUUGGAAUAUGAUCCUUAAAGGACAGUUUGACUACAUAGACGGACUCUGGUCCUUAAAGGGACACUAGUCACCAAAUAAUUUGAGCUUAAAGGACCACUAUAGUCACCCAGACCACUUCAGCUUAAGUGAUUGGGUGCCAGGCCCCCCUAGAUUUAACCCUACAUCUGAAACUAUGUUUACACUGCAGGGAUAAUACAGCCUCUAGUGGCUGUCUCUCUGACAGCCACUAGAGGCCGCUUCUGCGAUUUACACUAGUAAAUUGCAGUUAUUUGACGCUGGACGUUCUAACGGAGUCCAGCGUCAAUUAAGAUCCCCAUAGGGAAGCAUUGAGUAAUGCUUUCCUAUGGGCUGGUUUGAAUGUGCGCGCACCUCUGGCUGUGCAUUUGGCUCCACUCGGGAACUGACGGCAGGGGAGGAGAGGCCACCAGUGCUAGAUUAAGGUAAGUGGCUGAAGGGUUUUAAAUCCCUUCAGUGUAGAGGGAAGGGAACACUCCAAGAGCCUAAAGUGCCAGGAAAAAGGGUUUGUUUUCCUGGCACAAUAGGAUCCCUUUAAUGAAGCAGUUUUUGUCUAUUGGUCAUGCAUCUGAAAUCUCAUUGCUCAAUUCUCCGCCAUUUAGGGGUUUAAUCACCUUUGGUUCUGUAUAUGUAGCCCUAGCCACACCUCCCCUGGCUGUGACUGAAAAUGAAACUAAUUUGUUUUCUUUCUGGCUGUGUCAAUCAGAUAUAACUUAUUUUAAGUUUAUAUCUCCUGCUCUGUAAACUGAACUUUAAUCACACAUGAGGCUGCCGAAGGGUCUAGCAAGCUAUAAACAGAGUAGGAGAUAAACAAUUCUAAAUUGAACAGAAUUUGGCAUGAAGGAAGUGUAAACAUUAGCUGUCUCUUUGCAGGAAGUGUUUAGGAAGGUUGUGUAAAUCACAUGCUGGGAGGUGUGCCAAGGGCUGCAUAAACAGUGAUUUAACUCCUGAACGACAGAGAAUUGAGCAGUGAGACUGCAGGGGCAUGAUCUAUACAUCAAAACUGCUUUAUUAAAGGGAUCCUAUAGUGCCAGCAAAAGUGUUCCUGUCACUAUAGGGUUAUUAGGUCCCCUACUCCCUCCCGCUGGGCCGAACCCCUUUCAGCCAUUUAUCUUAAUCCAGCGCUGGUGGCCUCUCUUCCCCCUGCCGACGUUGGCUCCCUGGCAGAGCCGAAUGCGAAUUACUCAAUGCUUUACUAUGGGCGUUAAAUGUGAUUUCUUUUUUUUCUCACACUGAGAAUAGCGGAAGAGGCCUUUAGUGGCUGUCUCCGUGACAGCCACUAGAGGCUGGAUUAACCCUUCAGUGUAAACAGCAGUUUCUGUGAAACUGCUAUGUUUUCAGCUACAGGGUUAAAACUAGGGGGACCUGGCACCCAGACCAUUUCAUUGAGCUGAAGGGGUCUGGGUGGCUAUAGUAGUCCUUUAAAGGAUCACUAUAGGGUCAGGAACACAAACAUGUAUUCCUGACCCUAUAGUGUUAAAACCACCAUCUAGCCCCUCUGGGCCCAUCAUGCUUCUAUAAAUAUAGCAUAAUCCUUAAUGUAUUCAAGCUUGAAGCUGUAGAUCUGCAUGCUGUUUGCCUCAGAAAAACAAGCUGUCGGCUAACAUCAUCAGAAGUGGUGGCUUGAUCCAAUCACAAUGCUUCCCCAUAUGAUUGGCUGAGACUGACAGAGGCAGAUGAGGGGCAGAGCCAGCAUGAUUCAAACACAGCCCUGGCCAAUCAGCAUCUCCUCAUAGAGAUGAAAUGAAUCAAUGAAUCUCUGAGGAAAGUUCAGUGUCUGCAUGCAGUAGGAGAUACUGAAUGUUUGGAUGCAUUUUAGGCAGCCAUGACCCAGGAAGGAUCUCUAACAGCCAUCUGAGGAGUGACCAGCGAAGUUAUCACUAGGCUGUAAUGUAAACACUGCAUUUUCUCUGAAAAUACAAUGUGUACAGCAAAAAGCCUGAAGGUAAUGAUUCUACUUGCCAGAACAAAUUCAAUAAGCGGUAGUUGUUCGGGUGACUAGUGUUUUUUAAACUAUUACGUAUGUAUUUUUAUAUGCUUAUUUAUUUAUUUUUUAAAGUAUACUCAAAUGUCCAUGUAAACUAAACUUUAAAGAAAAAAAGUUUACUGUUAGCUGACUUCUAAAGGAAACAUUAUUCUAUUAUAGAUGGAAGAUGGCCACACACUGUUUGAUUAUAAUGUUGGGCUUAAUGACAUUGUCCAGUUACUGGUGCGUCAGGUUCCAGCUUCUGUUCCUGCAAAGGAGAAAGAGUGUGAACUCUCCGAUACAGAUUCGGGCUGUGGUUCAGGCCAUAGUGAUUCUGAUAAAAAUUCGAAUAAUGGAGAAACUGCAAUGGAUACAGAGCCUACCCCUGCUGCUUCUGUAGAUAUUGGCCUGUACAAGGUAAGUUAAAGUCUUGUACCUUUUUGAAAUAUUUGUAAGCCACAAAACUAUUACUAACUGACAAUUUAUUUUACAGAUAGAUGAACUUGUGGAUGCUCGUGAUCUGAACAUGGGUGCGUGGUUUGAGGCUCAAGUGGUUAACAAAACAAAGAGAGUUGUGCAAAAUGGGACAGAGUCUGAAGGUCAGCCUUCAGCGUCAGAGGAUGAAGUGAUCUACCACGUGAAAUAUGAGGAGUGAGUAGCUUACCUGUUUAAAAAGCUGAGAAUAUUGGUGUGAAUGUAAGAGCUCACAUUUACAGAUAUAAAAUGUGACAUUCCUAUGCUAGUUGGUGUUUUUAACAUUGUAGGGUCAGGAAUACAUCCAUGUUUUCCUUUAAACUGUUUCUGGUGUACAUUUCAUACCCCUGCAGUGUCACUGCUUAUUGUCCUUUAAAAUUCUAAGGCAGAAAUUUGAUAAAUGAGUUUGCAGUCAUCACAGUCUGGUCUGUUAAAAAAAAAAAAAAAAAAAGCUAAUGCUGGAUUUUUGCUUUUUUGGUCUUAUAGCUCACUAACGUCCUGCAGUAGUUGAAUGAGUAGGACAUUCACUUUUGGAAUAGAACUAAGUCGGGGUUUUUUAAAAAAAAAAAGUUUUAUACAAUAGUUCAUAUUGAGUCUAUUCAACAUUCCAUUAUCAGAAGCCAAAUGUUUUUAGUUAGCUGGGUACUCCAUGUACCAACAAAGCUUGUGAAUUUGAACUGUUUUGGCCUUGUAUUGAUUUAUUUUUCUUAACAUUCAAACUUUUUAGCCCUGUUUCUCAUCAACAAAAUGUGGGUUUUCAUUUAAUAUGAAAGGUAAAUUAGUUGGACAUAUUUCAAAUUCUAAGUUUUGUUUUGAUUAGAACUUGCACAAUUGCCCCUGUCCUUAAGGGGGGCUAAGUGUAUUUGAUUUGAGUGAGGUUUGGGCCUCAUGCUAUGCUUGUAUCCAGUUUUCUUUUAAAGGUUUUUUUUUUUUUUUUUUGAAUGUGGUGAAAAAUGGCAUAAAAGCAAAAACUCAUCAAAUGCAAUUGAGCUCUGUGGCUAAAUAGCCCCUUUAGAUGUUUCACUAGUAUGUGCAAGUGAUCUUUACAGGUGAAUAUUUCCUCCACUACUACUACUGUGGUCAUGUAUAACCUAUAACUUAUUAGUGUAAAGGAAAACUCCCACCCACCAUCCUACAUUUGAGGGUCUUUAACAGUUUUACUCUGAAGUUGGGGCUCAGGCACCUCUGCAUCUCCCUGAUUUAAGCCAACAAUGAUUGUACUAAACUGUUUCAUAAAUUGUUUUGUUCCUUUUUUAGCUACCCUGAAAAUGGUAUUGUCCAGCUUACUGGAAAAGAUGUCAGAGCACGAGCCCGAACCAUCCUCAAGUGGAAGGAGUUAGCCGUAGGACAGGUUGUGAUGGUGAAUUAUAAUAUAGAUGAACCCAAAGAAAGGGGUUACUGGUAUGAUGCAGAGAUUCAGAAAAAGCGAGAAACGAGAACAAUCAAAGAAAUCUAUGCAAAGGUGGUGUUGGGGUGAGUACCGCCAUGUUUUUAUGUUGCUUAUAUCUAAGAACUACUGUAUAGUCUUGAAUUUAAUUACUUAUGGUAAUUGUAUUUUAAAGUCUUACCUUUUUAGGAGCAGUGGAAGUGGUUCAGUUUAACUUUUGUCUGUUUAUUAGAGAUGCAGGUGACUCGUUGAAUGACUGCAAAAUUGUAUUUGUUGAUGAGAUUUACAAGAUUGAGGAACCUGGUUGUGCAGCUGCUGGUAUUACAGAGAGUCCUCAAAAAAGUGAGUUGAGACUUCAAUAUCCUUUGCCAAAUUACUUGCCUGUAAUGCAUAGUUUAUACUUGAAAGUGUUUUUACUUCCUAAAUUUUCUUUGUUCUCGGUCUGAAUCAGUUUUUUAUUUUUUAGAAUGCUGGAACAAAAAUGUAGUAUAGAAUUGAGUCGCUAUAAAUGUUUCAACCAACAUGUCUCUUUUCAGCAGCGCUAUUUCCAACAUAAGAGGUAGCCUUGUUAAAUGUUGAUCUUACUGGAAAUUUUCUUUUACAGGGCAAAAUGGUCCAGAAUGUAAAGACUGUAAAGAUGAUCCAAAAAAAACAUGUCGUAUGUGUGCAUGCCAUGUUUGUGGAGGCAAACAGGACCCUGGGAAACAGUUACUGUGCGAUGAGUGCGACAUGGCAUUCCACAUAUAUUGCCUUAAUCCUCCACUUUCCAGCAUACCUCAAGAUGAAGACUGGUAAGUUUGCAACUACUGUUAAGGUCAAUGUCACACAAGUAAUAUAUAACUUAGUGGCUUUUUUGAAUUUUAACCCCAGUUUUGAUCAUUAGAAGUCAGUUUGACAUGAUCAGUUUCAAGCUGAGUUUAAAUGUCCUUUCCUUUAAUGAGUUAGUCCUCUUACAGGUACUGUCCAGAUUGCAGAAAUGAUGCUAGUGAAGUGGUCCUGGCUGGAGAGAAAUUGAAAGAAAGCAAGAAAAAAGCAAAAAUGGCAUCUGCUAGCUCUUCUUCUCAGAGAGACUGGGGGAAAGUGAGUAAUAAAUACAGAAUGCUUACAACCAAAAUUUAAACAGUUUUUUGUGGGUUUUAAACUUUUGUUUUCUGCAUUGUUUAGGGAAUGGCGUGUGUUGGUCGAACACGAGAAUGCACAAUUGUUCCUUCCAAUCAUUAUGGACCAGUUCCUGGUGUACCUGUUGGUACUAUGUGGAAAUUCAGAGUUCAGGUAAAUUGGCAUCACAUUAAGUUAAUUUUAUAAUUCUAUGUAAAAUUUAACAUUUGAGUGAAUUCAGAAGUUGUCUUUGCCUGGCAGGUGAGAUUUUUAAAGAUCUAGUGUGAAUUCUCCAUAGCACUUAUGCAUAUGUGAUUAAGGUUAUUAAUCAAAGUGAGAAUUCAAAGUGCAUUUCAAACCUAAGGCCAGAGUAGCCAAACUGGAAGCAUUGCUGAAUUAGACAAUUUUUCUAGUUAAUCAUUUUUUACUUUAAAUUUACCUUGAUCUUUCACGUUAGUGAAUAGCCCUGCAAGAGGCCAAAUUUGGGGACUAAACACUGACAACCCCAAAAUAAAAUUACCUAUAGUGCAUUAUAAAGGGGUCUUUUUUUUUUUUUCUCUCGAAAUUUUAGUGUUUUCACGAAUGCCUUUCACGAAUAUAUUGAUAUCACUUUCAGUAGCCCAAUGCCUAACUCUGGGAGACACUUGCUAAUUCUCCCUAUUGUAGUCUGUAUUCACCAUUUCAUUUUUUUGUCUUUAGGUUAGCGAGGCUGGUGUACACAGACCACAUGUAGCUGGUAUCCAUGGAAGAAGCAACGAUGGUUCGUACUCCCUGGUAUUGGCAGGCGGUUAUGAGGAUGAUGUGGUAAGGGAGUAUUACAUUUUGAAAUUUUUUAGUAGUGCCUGAGAUUUCACAUGUCUGUUUGAAGAAUGUAAUGUACUGAUGAAAGCAUAAAGGGUUCAAAAACAUGAGCCUGAUAAUUAUUUAGAAAUCAUCAGCACAAAUCUUCGUAACGGGUAUAUGCUAAAGUCAAAAUGAACAUUAAGAGAAAAUCACAUUGCUACCGCAUUUAAGCUGGCUUAAAUUUAGUAGGCUGGUUCCAAGUUUUCACACUAUGAGUGUAAAUUGUAAAUGUGGGUAAUUGCAGUAUGACAGAAGAUGUGGAGGCUGUCUAGUAAUGAACAAGGAUUUCUGCUACUAGGAAAUUAAGUCUUUGUAAUUAGCAGACGGUUGUCUUUGCAGUCUCACUGCUCACUUCUUUCAUUUAGACAUGUGACUGAUCUCCCUACACAUUUCCUGUAAGGAAAGAUCUAAUAUUGAAACAUGCUUUAUUGCACAUUCUGUUUAAUUUUGACUUUAUAUCUACUCUGUUUAGAGCUUGCAAUAGCAUGGUGUGUGAUUAAAGUACAACUUACAGUGCAGGAGCAAAGAAAUUCUAGUUUAAGAUUUGAUUGAAAAUCCAUUUUUGUUCACUGGCUGUGAGGCACAACCAGAAGAGAGCAUACAUAAAAAAUACUGGAAUUGAGCUUCGAUGCUACAGGGGCAUGAUCUAUAUACUAAAACAGAUUCGUUAACCUUAAAGGGAUACUAUGGUGAAAUGAAUGCAAAUCUGUAUUCCUGGCAUUAUAGCUACCUCAGUCUUCCCAUUUUCUCUAAAACUGCAAUGUUUUAUAUUGCAGCACUAAGUGCAAUCGGGACACAGUACCAAGACCACGUCAAAGAGCUGAAGUGGUCUGGGUGCCUAUAGUGUCAUUUUAACAGCAGAAGAUAGUCUAGCUUAAUACACUGUGCAAUAGGAAGGUGUGUAGGGAGGCUAGGUGAGUCCUACGGGGGAGGUGACUAGGGUUGUAUAUCAGUUUCAACUCUUAAAUUGUGUGGAAUUGGGCAUUGAUACUACAGAGGCAUGAUCUACACACCAAAACCUCUUAAGCCAAAGUUGUGGUACUUGGGGUCCCUUUAACCGUAAUGCUCAAGUAAGCAGCAGGUUCUGAAUAAGACAUAUUUUUGUCUGUCCAUAAGGCGAGUUUUUAAGGUCAUUUUUUGUGGCAUGUCCAGCUAUCGGUUUCUCUUAUAGGUAAAGGAUUCGAUUCAGGAUUCAAGUAAUCUUUUAAUAGGGCACUGAAGGUACUGUAAUUGUAUUGAAGUGGUUAUAGUGUACUAUGCUUCCAGUCAGCAUUGUUUAAUGCUAAACAAGAAUCCCCAGAAGCCUAUCCCCUCUGUACUGAUUGGCCUAAAGAGGAAGCAUUAGUCUUAAUAGCAAUGGGCUGUUGUGAUUAGCUGAGUCAGCUUACCAAAUUCAUCCUAUCACAGCACUCAUUGCGGAGAUGAUUUGGUAUGGCUUGAGGGAAUUGAUGAAUAUCUGUCUUAGCCAUACCUCCAGUGAGGGCUAGCUGAGUCACCAGGCACCUUUAUUUUGUGUUAAAACGGUUUAUAAAUGGUUUAAGAUUGAAUUAAGGGACUCGGCACUGUAACCAAUUCUUUGAAAUAAAAUGAUUAUAAUGCCUACAACGUCUCAAUAUAUGCCUUUGCUGGUGAGUCUCAAGCAUAGCUUAUAGAUCUGUACCUACCUGCGGAUGUACUUGUUAUAUAUACACUCCUUAUGGGUCAUGAGUCGUUUCAAAAAUUUUGAUUUGCUUGUUAUUUAGCUUUCAAAGACUGCAAGCCUUUCUUUUGGUAUGCAAUUGUCACAAACAUUAAGCAUCUGAAACGUUGAAAAUAGGAUGGAGUGAUUCAAUAGUAGGUAAAUUCUCAAAUAUUAGAAAUAAAAGUAAUGCCCAUUGCCUUGUAUUUUUUUUCUUAGGAUAAUGGCAAUGAAUUUACUUACACUGGUAGUGGAGGACGUGACCUUUCUGGAAACAAGCGUACAGCUGAGCAGUCAUGUGAUCAGAAAUUAACAAAUAUGAACAGGUUUGUAUGCAAAAACUUUAGUUUGUCUAGUUUGCCUAUAUGAAACCGCAAACGUGUGGAAACUGAAAAAAGAUUUGCUUGUACAAAAACAAUAGCCAAAUAAACCUUUUCAAGAAAACCAGAAGCUGAUGCAGACAACUUACAUAGCAGGGAUGUGAACAGCAAGCUUGUAUGGUGUUGCUUGGCUCAACAAAUACCCUUUCACCAUGUGCCCCAAAAGCUUCUUACCAGGCUUGGAAGACUUGCCCCAGCUGUACACACAAGGGUCUCACUCGCCUGGCCUGCUUUAGUUUUCUCUACCCCCAUCCAGCACUGAGUUGACCUACGACUUGCAGAUUCCCUUUAGCAGCAAGGCUACUUGCUUGUGAUAGAGCUAAAUUAAUUUUAAAGAGUGUCUGAAACGUGUUGGACAAUAGGAACUUUUUUACAUUUGCGAAUAUGCUCCUUGCUGAUUUUGUUUUACUGUCUUGAUACCUGCCUGUUCCUUAAAGUUUUUAUUUUUGCCUUUUUUUGUUUUGACCUCAACUGGUAUUCUACACGCAAGUGAUUCAUGAAGAUUUAAAGAACAUACAUAAGAUAGAGCUUCUUGUAUAAACGUUCAGUAAGUGUCUGCAAAAAUAUAAAUACAAAACACGAAUAGUGCAAUAUUGCUAUCACAAAGAUGGGCUAUAAGCAAAUCUAUAUGGUCUCACUCACAAGUCAAGAGUCAUAAAUCACAUAUGACUCAAAUGUUAAAAACUCGUGGACGAUUUUAGGAUGCCCAAUCCUCUUUUGCUCGCGGUUCUGCUGGACUCCUGGUUCCUCUGAUAGUGCUCCUGGUCAUCCAGUACUUCCAAUGUGAAUAUAGGGUACCACAGCCAAGGUCUCAUAAAUAGUAAACCUUUAUUGGUAAUCCCUGAUACAUGGAAAGGUUUGAGAGGCCAAGGCAGAACAAUUGUGCAUGGCACCCUCUUCAUACAAACAGAUAUUCGUUUAGCUUCAUAAAUAUAAAAUAAUAAAAAUAAAUAUGAAGCUAAAUGGAUAUCUGUUUGUAUGAAGAGGGUGCCAUGCACAAUUGUUCUGCCUCGGCCUCUCAAACGUUUCCAUGUAUCAGGGAUUACCAAUAAAGGUUUACUAUUUGAGACCUUGGCUGUGGUACCCUAUAUUCACAUUGGAAGUACUGGAUGACCAGGAGCACUCUCAGAGGAACCAGGUGUCCAGCAGAACCGUGAGCAAAAGAGAGGAUUGGGCAUCCUAAAAUCGUCCACGAGUUUUUAACACUUGAGCCAUGUGAUUUAUGACUCUUGACUUGUGAGUGAGACAAUAUAGAUUUGCUUAUAGCCCAUCUUUGUGAUAGCAAUAUUGCACUAUUCGUGUUAUGUAUUUAUAUUUUUGCAGACACUUACUGUAAGUUUACAAGAAGCUCCAUCUUAUGUAUAUUCUUUAUGUAUUCUGUAGAGGUGGUUUAGGGAAUACCACUCAAGGUGUUUGAGCUUCACUCUGUUCACUCCAUAUUGUGUAUUUAUCUGUAGAUUCAUGAAGAUUUAAUCGCUAAUGCUUUGUAUAAAACAGAUUCGUUCAUGCAUGCUGACUACCACUUUCUUUGACAGAGCUUUGGCACUAAACUGCAGUGCUCCUAUCAAUGACAAAACUGGUGCCGUAGCAAAGGAUUGGAAAGCCGGCAAACCAGUGCGUGUUGUUCGUAAUGCUAAGGGACGGAAACACAGUAAAUAUGCACCAGAAGACGGAAACCGCUAUGAUGGGAUCUACAAGGUGAACAUUUCAUGCAUCUUAAGAUUAUUGUAAAAUGUUUUUUUGUUAAUUUCUUAAACUUGAUUUGCAUGUUGAUGGUUGUUCAAAACAAAAAUUUUCUCCUCACCUCCCACUGGAUGGAGAGACUUGUACACAAACUCACACUUUUAAAAUGUUUAUCACCUUUAAAAGGGACAUACCGUAUAUACUUAUAUAUAUAUUUUGUGCUGAAAACCCCCAACUCGGCUUAUACUAGAGUCAGUCUGUAUUAUGGCAAUUUACAUUGCCAUAAUACAGACUGGGGGCUGGCAGAGCUGUUACUUACCUCUCCUGCAGCUCCUGCCAGCUCUCUCCUCCUCCGCGCCGGUCCGGUCAGCUCCCAGUGUAAGUCUCUCGAGAGCCGCGGGGUCAUAGUGCGGCUCUCGCGAGACUUAGUGUGAGCUGACAGAAGAGCUGCACGGACCGGCGCGGAGGAGAGAGCUGACAGGAGCUGCAGGAGAGGUAAGUAACAGCUCUGCCAGCUCCCCUCCUCCCCCCACUGAACUGCCAAUGCCACUGGACCACCAGAGAAGGAGAGCCCCCCUCCCUGCCAUGUAUCAAGCAGGGAGGGGGGACAAAAAAUAAAUAAAUAUAUAAAUAAUAAAAAAAUAAUUAAAAAAAAUAUAACAAAAAAAUUAAAAUAUUUUUUUUUUAAUAAAAAUGCCCACCCCCCACCAAGGCUCUGCAUCGCACGCUGCAUCGCCACAUGCUGCGCCGCACGCGCGGCGCCCAUCAUGCACGCACACUGUAAAUAAAUAUUCAAUUAAUAUAAUUUUUUUAGGAUCUAAUUUUAUUUAGAAAUUUACCAGUAGCUGCUGCAUUUCCCACCCUAGUCUUAUACUCGAGUCAAUACGUUUUCUCAGUUUUUUGGGGUAAAAUUAGGGGCCUCUGCUUAUAUUCGGGUCGGCUUAUACUCGAGUAUAUACGGUACAUCAUUUUGAGCCACUGGUCUCACUCAGGACUUCUGCAGGUUAAAAUUUUUAUUUUCUGGCUUUUUCCUAGUGCUUUUAAUGUCAGCCAUGGAAGGAGUCGCUACUCUAGUGCUAGAGCUUUACACAAUACCCAGGCCAAGUGUCAAAUGCCAAGUCGUGGUUCACACAUUUCCCCUGGAGCCACAUUAGCACCACUUCCUCAUAGCACUUAUUGAACUGACAGUUAUAUACCUUUUUAAGUCGCGCCCAAAUGUCUCUGGUUAGAGGAGGAACCAAUGACAUUUGAGGCAAGGCUUUUCCAUUUAUGUGCUUAUUCAGUAUUUAAAAUGGUUUGUUUGUGACUCAUGAUUUAGGCAUAGUGGCUAACAUUUAUUGAUUUGUGUGUUUCUACACUUAUGUUCCUAUCCUUUUUUAAACCUGUGGAUUUGUCCUGAUUGCCUGUUAUGGAGGUAACUAGCCUUCACCACAAUGUAUUCUGUUUUCUUUGGAGUGCCAUACCACCCAGCACAUUAAGGCUCUCGGUUGUUUUUUUUCUCUUCUCGCAGCUCACCCGGAUAGUCAGGUGUGUGAGAACUAUCAAUAUUAGAUCUCAACUUGGAGAACUUACUCUUGGGAUUUAAAUUUGGUUCUGUCCUCUGUCCUUUGAUACAUUUGUGCUUUUACAAAACUUUUCUCUGACUUUUAAAACUAAAGAUUUUUUUCAAUGACGUCCUCCUUAGUGACCUACAGUUGUUGGGUGUAAAGUCACCUUACCUGGUUUCCCAUGCAGAUAAAGUGGUUGUUACACUACUUUCUCCCUUUAGAACAAAAGUAAAUUUGACUAAUCUGCUUCAAGAAACUUCUUCCUGAAUUUUGACAAAAUUACUAGAUGCUAAGUAUGCUCUAAAUAUUUGCGUACUGCUUUGUCUCUUCACCUGGCCUCUAUGAAAGAAAAAUAAAGGUAAAUCCACCUCCAAACCCUCUUUUGCAAGACGGAUAAGAAAUGCUGUUCAGAAAGCUUGUGUUCUAAGGUCUCUCCUUCAUGUAAAAAAUCAUUCAACUCUACUUCCUGGGCUUUGCAUGCUUCAGCUGAACAGAUUUGCAAAGCAGCAACUUGAUCUUAAUUGCAUUCAUUCACCAAACACAAAUUAAACAUUGCCUCAAGUCUGUUUUGGGGCAAAAGAUUUUUCAACCUAUUCUUUUGGGGGGGGGGGGAAUUCCUUAACGUAAAAUCAAUUUUCCGCAGGAUUAGCCACAAUAUAGACCUCCUCCAUAACUUCUAUAAAAUCUGCAGUAUUCUGGUGUCUUGAUUAAGGUUCUGGAGGGUAGGGAGGGGAUAAGGGGUUGUACUAGCACAUUUUAAAGUGUUUAUUUUUAUUUUUUUCUCCAAUUCUCUGUCCAGUGCGACUUUAGGAGGAACAUCCAUGUGGUUAUACUGCUGCUAACCAAAUGGAAAUAAUGGUCUGUGAAAUGUUUUCUUAUCUGCUGUAGGUAGUGAAGUAUUGGCCUGAAAAAGGGAAGUCUGGGUUCCUUGUAUGGCGCUACAUGCUGAGGAGAGAUGAUGAAGAACCAGCUCCAUGGAGCAAGGACGGCAAGGAAAGAGUAAAAAAGCUUGGUCUCACUUUGCAGGUAUAACUUUCCACAACUCACUGUCACAAAUUUAUAUAUGGCGUUCGUUAUGAGCUCCAUCUUAUCUCAUUGUGAUCACUUUUGAGCACAUAAUAUAUACUUGUUGCUUGGUCUGCUCCAGAUACUGCAGUCCAUUGGGAAUUAUUCCAGUGGGCCAGUAGAGGCCUGAAGAGCAUUGAAAUUGCGGACCGGCAGCACAUGCACAAAUAUUGUAAGCAGCCUUGUGUCUGCAGAUCUGUGCUAAAAGGCACCCUAAUGCACUUCUCAAAUAGAUUGGGUGAUUCAUGAUUUUAGCAUGCAAUUAGUUUUUAAAGUGGGAACUUUUCAAAUCUGUAGUUAAAAGGUUUCUUGUCCUAUUCUUCCUUGUCAGUAUCCUGAAGGUUAUUUGGAAUCUGUCUUAAAUAAGGAGAGGGAGAAGGAAAAUAAGCUGAAUGAUCUGGAAACUCCUGAAAAAGGAAAACGGAAGAGGAAAUCUGGUUAGUAAUUAUUUUUUUGAAAUGUAAAAAUAUGUAUGCACGAAGUAGACUUUAUUUUGUUAAGAACUAAUUGUGUUGCAAAUAUUUCUCUAGACAAAGGUGAUGUUCUUGAAGUACUUGAUGGAACUCCAAAGAAAGUAAAGGUGGAACUAUACAAACUCAGCGCAGAGCAGAAAGCUCUUAUUAAAGCGGAUACACUGAACACGAAAUCAUGGAAUGAAGUAAUGCCAUUCCUUAAAGAAGGACCUGUAAGUUUUCCACAUUGUAAUUCUGUAAUUAACUUUGGCUUUUUAAGGGGUUUAUAGUUCAGAAAAUUAUUUUAAAAAUUAUGUAAAUUUUUCUUGCAGAAAUUUUUGAGCAAGGUCGAAGAAACAUUCCUGUGUAUAUGCUGCCAAGAAGUAGUCUAUGAACCAAUCACAACUGAAUGCUUGCAUAAUAUUUGUAAGGUGAGUAAACGGCUUUAAAGUUUUUGAAAAUGUAUUAUACAGUAGCAUAUAUAUAGUGCCCAUUGCUUUUUAGACAACUGGAUUCUUUUUCCUUUCUCUUUUCGUGGACCAAAUAAACUGCAAUAUGACUUGCCUUUAAUGGGACAUAAUUGCAAUGCCAAGUUAUGUAUCAGGGAAUUGUAUCAACAGACGUCUGUAUCUAUCAGAGUGCUCCUUUUAAACCACUUUGAACGGUUUUAACUACUAACCUCUGGUCCUGGUCACCCGUAAUGCUGCCUUCUCGGUUUUCUCUAUUACCAUUAAGUAAGUUGAGAUUAUCUGCAUCAGCUGGCGUAAAUAACCUUUCACUGGUUGUCCAUUACAAGUAAUAGUCAAGGCAAUGAUUCCUUUGGCUGCUCUAACAUGGCACAUGGUGACUCUAGGCUCCACGACUUAAUUGAGAUUGCUUUGUUGUGGACUGAAGUAGCCGUUUAAAAGGUUCACUGUAUAACAAUCUAGAUACUACUAAAAUCAGGACUCAAAAUUUUCACUAACCAGUGGCAAGUGAAAAUUUGGUCCUAGCAAAUAGAAAUUCACCUAUGGAAGAUAUACUAUUGCUUGCAGUGGUGAGUAACUUUUAAGCCUAUCUGACAUAGUACUUCAGAUUUGAAGCCCUGGUAUCACUUUUAAAUAGGUGGCAAACUUAUUUUUCUCUAAAUGCUUGUUAUGCCCUUCAAUCACAAAAAAAAUAUAUUGUUACGUCAUUGUUGACAUGGAGGUACUUGAAGCCACUGUACCCUUAGAGCAGGGGUAGGCAACCCAUUGUACUCUGUGUGCCUUUACACGGCACUCAAGACCUAGAGCUAAACAAGCUCUGGCCUAUCAGGAGUCCCAGUGGAACUUCAGAUAUCUAUUUGUGCAAAAAGGUGGUAAGGGACAAUCCUCAAUUUAUGCAUUACAACACUUAAAGGAAUGAGCGGAGAUCACUUCCUUGCAGCAAACCACACUAAAGUAGAGCUUCCUGCAGCAGCUUUUGCCCACGACCUUUACUUUGCAAGUCCCGUCCCCAUUGAACCCCAGGGAAGCCACACACUGCUAGAUAUGCACCAAGCUGCAGAAUAAGCCUCCCCUUCAUACAAACCGCGCACAAACACACACUGUCCCCACAGACACACCACUGACAAUCUGCAUACAUGCACAGAACUCCACAAGCAGCCCCACACAUCACACUACCAAACAGUGUGACAUAUCCACACACAAUUCCACAAGCAGCCACCAUACACAUCCCACAUUCAUUGGUAUCAUAGACAAUGUCACAAACUACUCCAUAAAUAUAUACAAUAUGAUAGCCCAGAUACGCACAACUAGAACACUACAAAGAAACUAUAUACAGCACUCAUAGCACAACAUACAUACCUCAAAUAAAAAAAUAGGACUGUCACACCAAGGGACGUAAAGAUCUUAUUUUGGCACACUACUAGAAGGUUGUCUACUCCACCUUAGAGCAACCCCUUGCAAGUCCAGAGCGUCCCUGUCUCUCUAUGGUGCUGGAUUAAGACCUAAAUCAUACUAUUUGGAAGAACGGUAUCCCUGAGAAAUCGUGUAUAUACCUUGUCUGCAAUACUUUAAAGCAUUUGUCAGAUUGAACCUUUAUUCAGCGCUUUUUAGGCAUGUUGGCAUUAAAAAGGGUAUUGAAUAGCUUUCUGGUUAGUGGGAAGCCUGUCUGUUAAAAGGUGUAUCUAGCCUCACCAGAAGAUUACAAACUUACUAGGUACACGAUUAUCCAUUUUUUCAGAAAGGUAGCUUUUUUGUAAUGUGUAAUAAACCAAAAUCUAUGGUAAACUGGACUUGUUUAACGAAGACUAUUAUGUUUUUAAAAUCUGAAAGCUGUUUCUUUAACCAAAAUCGUUCUUCACACAGGGUUGCCUGGAUCGUUCCUUUAAAGCAUCUGUGUACAGCUGCCCAGCCUGCAGAUUUGACCUGGGCAAAAACUAUUCCAUGAGUGUGAAUAAGCCACUUCAAACCAUCCUACUACAACUGUUUCCUGGAUAUGAACGUGGACGGUGAUAAGGAUGCAUAUAUUGAAAGAUCUGCCUUUAUUUGUAUGGAUUUAAGGGACUGUUUUUUUUGUUGUUAAUCCUGUUAAUAGGAUUAUUUUGUUAAAAUUCUUCCUUUCCUAUUGCAGAUGUAUAUCUGUACUGUGGGGACACUUCAGGUUUUGGAAAUCUAAAGUUGUCUUUCUACCUGUAAAAUUAAGGGUAAUUGGGAUACUUGUCUUGUUAGAAGCCUGGACAGGUAUACUCAGAUUUGACUGUCGUGUGCAAAACCGUUUUUUCGCAUAACCCAUUUCCCUUUGGAGAGUUGCAGCACCUAUUUGCUUUACUUUUUUAUUUUUCUUGGUCCAGGGAUAUCCUUCUACCUCAAUCAGACCUUGACUGUUUUUUUUUUUUGUUUUUUUUUCUCUCUCUCAAGACUGCAUGCCUGCCAUAGCUGCAGAUUGUUCAGUCUCACUGCCAUAAGUGCUUUAGGUAGAUUGGUCUUGAAUUUGUUUCAUGAUUUAAUUUUUUUUUUGAGCAUUUCACUGUAAACUUUUCAAAUCGUAAGUGUUAAUUGGGGCUUCAUUUUUAUAAAUUUGCAAAUAAAUGUGCCUCUUGGUUUUUGUAUCAACUCCUUGGUUUGCAGGUAGUUUCCAGUUUUGUCGUUUGCCAAGCUACAGAGCCAUUUUUACACGUCCAAGCUGUUUAAUUUUUAUUAUACAAAAACUGGCCUAAAUGAAAUGUAUUUUUCCACUAGCUGUGUAUUCGAAGUAGUCUUGCUUAUCUAGCAGUACUAUAUGUAACUUUAUCAGUUCUAUAUUUUGAUUGUCUGGACUUUACUUUCAAGUGGUUUGCAUCUUUUUAGUACUGGUGCAUCGUAAGCCCAAUGUAAACCUAGCAGAAUUAUUUUUAACUAGUUUAUCUUACUAUACAAAACUAGCCUGAAAUAUUUUCCCACUGGCUGUUUUCCAAAUAGUAUUGCUUAUCUAGCUGUACUACGUGUAAUUUUAAACUGUUUUAUUUUCUUCCCCCCAGUUUUUGGACUAGACUUUUGAGUUGUUUGCAGGUUUUUUUAGUCAUGCUUUAAGCCCAAUGUAAGGGGAGCAGAAAAACGUUUUAAACUAUAUCUAUUAAACAAAAUGGCCUAAAUAAAAUGUUUUUUCCUCCAUUGGCUGUGUAUUAUUGCAAACAUAAUAAAUUUUUCAUGCAAUGAA